AUGACUAACCUGGAAGAACGUAUAGCAGCGCACCAAAACCAACUCAACUCGACCGCGUUCCCUGGAUUCGGUCACGCCCUACGACCGUACUACGGAUUCGAUGAGAACUACGUACCACUGAACAAUGGCUCUUUCGGAGCAUGUCCUAACUACGUUCUGGAUAUCUACAAAGAGUUUCUUCACGAAGCGGAACGUAGACCAGAUAGGUUUGUUCGUCUUCAAUACCGGCCUUAUUUGCAACAGGCACGUAAGGAACUUGCCCAGUUGGUCAAGUGUGAUCAGGAGGAUCUUGUGCUCGUUCCUAAUGCCACUAGUGCAGUUAAUGCUGUACUUAGGAGUUUCAAUGGUAGGUGGCAGCAGGGGGAUGCAAUUUUAGUGUACGAGACUAUUUAUGGAGCUUGUGGUAAGGCGGUUCAGUAUAUUAUAGAUAGCAAUGAAAGUUUUAAACUUCGAAUUGUUAAGGUGCCUCUUUCUUAUCCUCUUACUCACGAACAAGUGCUUUCGGCAACUCGAGAUGCAAUACAACAUGCUCGUGCAGAGCAGAUUACGAUUAAAAUCGCAGUCGUCGAUGCAAUCUCCUCGAUCCCGGGAGUAAUUGUACCAUGGGAACAACUUUGCGCUUUGUUCCGUCAACAUUCGAUCCUAUCUCUAGUGGAUGGAGCGCAUGCUGUUGGACAAAUCCCACUAGACCUUUGCUCGGCAGACCCUGAUUUUUUCAUCAGCAACUGUCACAAAUGGCUCUCAUGUCACCGCGGAGUAGCACUACUAUACACACCCAAACGAAACCAAUCAUUAGCACUAGCAAUUCCCACAUCACACGAAUACAUUUCACCCAACCUUGCCACCCCCCCAGAAUUAUUUCCUACAAAUGCCACUUCGAACUACGUCAGCAGUUGGGAAUGGACAGGAACAAUAGAUCUAGGAAACUACCUUACCAUCCCUUACGCCCUCCAGUUCCGUCGCUGGAUGGGUGGAGAAAAUGCCAUCAUGCAAUACAACUGCAAUCUUGCUCUCAAAGCCGGUACUGCUUUCGCAUCAAAACUCGGAAAAAAUUCCCACCUAAUGCAAUUUCCAAACUCCUCCUCCUCCCCCUCCAACCAAAGUCUAACCGCAGCAAUGGCUAACAUUUCAAUCCCCAUUGCAACUAGCAAUGCCGAGCAGGGCGAUGCGAAUCAGCUUGCUUUUAUCGCAGCAAGUUUACAGACCAAGUUGAUGCAGCAGCACGAUACUUUUGUCAUGUUCUACCCUCAUGCUGGUAAGGUCUGGGCUAGGUUGAGUGCUCAAGUAUGGUUAGAGGAGCGUGAUUUUAUUUGGGCUGCAGAGAGGAUUGCUGAGUUGUUGCAGCAGCAGGAGUUCCAGCUUAAGCCGAGUGCGUAG